UAUAUUUUAUUGAAUUUCAAAUUUAUUCUCAGUUUACUGCGGAUCGCAAUCGCUGCUUCAUCUUCUUCACUUUGUUCCAAGUAAUUAAUUUAUUAAUAAUGAAACUUUACGCUGUUUCUGACGGACCACCUUCUCUAGCUUGCAGACAAGCUUUAAAAGCUCUUAAUAUUAAAUAUGAACUUAUACCUGUUGAUUACUGCAAAGGUGAAUUUUUAACUAAAGAAUAUGAAGAGUUGAAUCCGCAAAGAGAAAUUCCGACUUUAGUCGAUGGCGAUUUAACUAUGGGCGAAAGUCAUGCGAUUUUGCAAUAUAUUUGCGAUAAAUAUGACACAGAAGGUAAAUAUUAUCCAAAAGAUCCAAAAGCGCGAGCUCUUGUCAAUCAUCGACUUUGUUUCAAUUUGACUACUUACUAUCGCAAUAUUUCGGAGUAUGCUUUUGGUCCCAUGUUUUUUGAGUACGAGCGCACGGAAAUGGGGUUGAAAAAAUUGAAAAUGAGCUUGGAUGUAUUUGAAAAAUAUUUUACGCGUACUAAUUUCAUAUAUGCUGCUGCCAAUACUUUAACAAUUGCGGACUUUGCAAUGAUAACGGCAACGAUUGGUCUAGAGGCCAUUGAAUUUUCAUUAGCACCCUGGCCAAAAGUGAACAAAUGGUACAACGAUUUCAAAGUAAAGCAUCCAGAAUUGUGGGAAAUCGCCGCUGGAGGUUUAAAAGAACUCAGCGAUUACGAAAAAAAUCCUGAUUUAUCAAUGACUUGGGUCCAUCCCAUCCAUCCGAUGCGUAAAAGUAAAAAGUAAAUCGAAGCUUGCAUAAAUUUUUUUGUAAACAUUCAUUUAAUAAUUACUUAAAUUUUUUAUUAUUAAUUAUUAAUAUACAUUUAUAUAUUUUAUAAUUAACGAUGUAAGUAUAAUAUGAAAUAAAAUUCAAAAAUGACAAAA